AUGUCAGAUACAGGUCGGAGCCCAGGUCGUGCAGCACGAGCUGGAUCUGGUGGGGCUGCAGUCCGUCAAAGGCGCGGUGGUCCUUCAGCAGGUUCAGGACGCACAGCUCGAGGUGGCGUAGGUAGUGGUGGUCUUUGGCGUUUUUACACCGAAGAUGCAACAGGUUUAAAAAUUGGACCUGUCCCGGUGCUUGUCAUGAGUCUCGUUUUCAUUGCAUCUGUUUUCAUAUUGCAUAUUUGGGGAAAGUAUACUCGCUCACAUCACUGA